GUGAACUGAAAACAUUAAUGCCUCUUGAUCGUGAGCAGCAAGCAGUUUAUUACCUUCUAGUGAAAGCCACAGAUGGAGGAGGAAGAUUCUGCCAAGCUAAUAUUAUUCUGACGCUGGAAGAUGUGAAUGAUAAUGCCCCAGAGUUUACAGCUGAUCCUUACUCCAUUACAGUAUUUGAAAACACAGAGCCUAAAACCCUUUUGACAAGAGUGCAGGCAACAGACGCAGAUGCAGGGAUGAACCAUAAAAUCCAUUAUUCACUGGUGAACUCUGCAGAGGGCCAGUUCUCCGUUGAUGAAUUCUCUGGAAUCAUUCGGCUGGAGAAGCCCUUGGAUCGGGAAUUACAAGCUGUGUACACUCUAAUUUUGAAGGCUACAGAUGAAGGUUUACCUAGAAGACUGUCUUCAACAAGUAGUCUUAUAGUUUCUGUUUUGGAUAUAAAUGAUAAUCCACCUGUAUUUGAGCACAGGGAAUAUAGUGCAAGUGUGUCAGAGGACAUUUUGGUUGGAACUGAAGUUCUCCAGAUCUAUGCUGCAAGCAGGGACAUUGAAGCCAAUGCUGAAAUCACAUACUCAAUAGUCAGUGGGAAUGAACAUGGAAAAUUCAGCAUCGAUUCAACAACAGGAGCCAUUUUUAUCAUUGAGAGCUUGGAUUAUGAAAGUUCUCAUGAGUACUACUUGACAGUGGAAGCCACAGAUGGAGGCACACCUUCAUUAAGUGAUGUUGUAACUGUGAAUAUUAACGUAACAGAUAUCAAUGACAAUACUCCAGUGUUUAGCCAAGACACUUACACUGCAGUAAUCAGUGAAGAUGCUAUGCUUGAACAAUCAGUCAUUACAGUUAUGGCAGAUGAUGCUGAUGGACCUUCAAACAAUCGCAUUCACUACGCAAUUAUAGAGGGCAAUCAGGGAAAUCCUUUUACAAUUGAUCCUACCAGGGGUGAAAUAAAGGUGACUAAACUUCUAGACAGAGAAAAGAUUUCAGGAUAUACCUUGACAGUUCAAGCUAAAGAUAAUGGAAACCCACCUAGACUUAACACAACCACAGUUAAUAUUGAUGUUUCUGAUGUAAAUGACAAUCCUCCAGUAUUCUCAAAAGGGAACUAUAGUGUUAUCAUCCAGGAAAAUAAGCCUAUUGGAUUUAGUGUGCUACAGCUAGUGGUGACAGACAAGGAUUCUUCUCACAAUGGCCCUCCUUUUCUCUUCACCAUCCUGAGUGGAAAUGAAGAGAACACUUUUCAGAUUAACCAGCAGGGAGUACUGACAACAGCUGCUGCACUGAAUCGCAAAGUGAGGGAUCACUAUUUACUUCAUGUUAAGGUGGCAGAUAAUGGAAAACCACCGUUGUCAUCUUUGACUUACAUUGAUAUUAGAGUUAUUGAGGAAAGCAUUUAUUCUCCAGCAAUUCUGCCUCUAGAAAUCUUUAUCACAGCCUUUGGGGAAGAAUAUUCAGGUGGUGUCAUUGGAAAAAUUCAUGCAACCGAUCAAGAUGUUUAUGAUACUUUGACAUACAGUCUGGACCCCAAAAUGGAAUCCUUAUUCUCUGUUUCGAGUACUGGUGGCAAACUAAUAGCACAUAAAAGGUUAGACGUAGGACAGUACCUCCUAAAUGUCACUGUUACAGAUGGAAAAUUUACAACUGCAGCUGAUAUUACUGUACACAUCAGACAAAUCACACAAGAUUUACUAAAUCACAGUAUUGCAAUACGCUUUGCAAACCUUGCCCCUGAAGAAUUCAUCGGUGAUUACUGGCGCAAUUUCCAGAGAGCUUUAAGAAACAUCUUGGGUGUGCGGAGAAAUGACAUCCAGAUUGUUAGUCUGCAGCCUUCUGAUCCCUCUUCAAAUCUUGAUGUCCUCCUGAAUAUUGAAAAGUCUGGUAGCUCUCAGCACCCAAUGAGAAUUUUGCUCCACAAGAUAAACUCUUCGGUGCCUGACCUAGAGGAGAUUUUAGGUGUCCGAAUAAUCGAUGUUUUCCAUAAGCUUUGUGCAGGCCUAGAUUGUCCUUUGAAAUUUUGUGAAGAAAAAGUUACAGUGGAUGAGAACAUCAUGUCAACCCACAGCACAGCCAGGUUGAGUUUUGUCACUCCCCGUCAUCACAGAACAGCAGUUUGUCUUUGUAAAGAAGGGAAAUGCCCCCUGGUGAAUAAUGUGUGUGAAGGAAACCCAUGCCCUGAAGGUACCGAAUGUUUAGGAGAUCCAAAGGAAGGAAAAUACACCUGUGUUUGCCAAGACAGCAAAGCUGGACAGUGUCCUGCAUCAGCUGGCUCUGCUGUGACAUUUACUGGGAGCAGCUACGUGAAAUACCGUCUCAUGGAGAAUGAGAACAAAGAGGAAAUGAAGCUGACAAUGAGACUCAGAACUUACUCUGCUCAUGCAGUUGUUAUGUAUGCCCGAGGAACAGACUACAGUAUCUUAGAGAUUCACCAUGGAAGGCUGCAAUAUAAAUUUGAUUGUGGCAGUGGACCCGGGAUUGUCUCCGUUCAGAGCAUUCAGAUUAAUGAUGGCCAGUGGCAUUCAGUAUCUCUUGAAGUGGAUGGAAAUUACGCACGACUUGUUCUGGAUAGGGUGCAUACUGCGUCUGGUACUGCUCCUGGUACACUCAGGACACUAAACCUAGAUAAUCAUGUGUUUUUUGGUGGUCAUAUUCGGCAGCAAGGUACAAGACAUGGUAGAAGUCCUCAGGUUAGCAAUGGUUUCAGAGGCUGUAUGGAUUCUAUUGUACUUAAUGGGCAAGAGCUGCCCCUAAACAGUAAGCCACGAAAUUAUGCACACAUGGAAGAAUCUGUAGAUGUGACUCCUGGAUGCUUGCUGACUACCACAGAAGGUUGUUCAAGCAGCCCAUGUCAGAAUGGAGGCAUCUGCAAUGCUCUGUCAAAUGGAGGUUACUACUGCAAGUGUGCACCUUUGUUUAUGGGAACUCACUGUGAUGUAAGUGUCAACCCAUGUGCUUCCAACCCUUGCCUUUAUGGUGGUACUUGCAUCCCGGUCAGUGAUGAUUUUAUCUGCCAGUGCCGAGGACAAUACACAGGCCAAAGGUGCCAGCUGGGUCCAUAUUGCAAAGACAAUCCUUGUAAAAACAGUGGCAAGUGUAUUGACAGUUUGGAUGGACCUGUUUGUGAGUGUGAAGCAGGCUUUCGUGGAGAAAGGUGCCUGAGUGAUGUUGAUGAAUGCAUAGAAAACCCAUGUCUUAAUGGUGCCCUUUGUGAGAAUACUUAUGGUUCAUAUCACUGCAAUUGUAGCCGUGGAUUUGGAGGAAAACACUGCACAGACAUUGUUCUUAACAAAUAUGUUUCAACAUCUUGGAACAUUAGCUUAGCUGAAGUGAUUGGGAUUAUUGUUUUCAUCGCAGGAAUAUUCUUGUUAGUUGUGAUUUUUGUUGUUUGCCGCAAAGUGAUUAGUAGAAAGAAGAAGCACCAGCCAGAACCUGAAGACAAGCAACUAGGAGCUACAACAGCUUUCUUACAAAGACCUUAUUUUGAUGCAAAAUUGAAUAAGAACAUUUAUUCUGACAUCCCACCACAGGUUCCUGUUCGUCCCAUUUCGUACACUCCAAGCAUUCCAAGCGACUCCAGGAACAAUCUGGACAGGAAUUCUUUUGAGGGGUCUGCUAUCCCUGAGCACCCAGAGUUUAGUACUUUUAACCCAGAUUCUGUACAUGGUCACCGGAAAGCUGUAGCUGUUUGCAGCGUAGCACCAAAUUUGCCACCUCCACCUCCCUCCAACUCUCCUUCAGACAGCGAUUCAAUACAGAAACCCAGCUGGGAUUUUGACUAUGACACUAAAGUAGUAGAUCUUGACCCCUGCCUUUCAAAAAAGCCUCUGGAUGAAAAGAACUCCCAUCCUUAUAGUGCUAGAGAAAGCAUGUCUGAGGUCCAGUCUCUCAGCUCCUUCCAGUCUGAAUCAUGUGAUGACAACGGUUAUCACUGGGAUACAUCAGACUGGAUGCCAAGUGUUCAGUUGCCAGGUAUCCAAGAGUAUCCAAAUUACGAGGUGGUUGAGGAGUCAGCUCCCCUCUACACGGAUCCAAAUGCCAUCGAUACAGACUAUUACCCUGGCGGUUAUGACAUAGAAAGUGAUUUUCCACCUCCACCUGAUGACUUCCCUGCACCUGAUGAGCUUCCACCGUUACCACCAGAAUACAGCGACCAGUUCGAGUCAAUACAGCCACCCAGAGACAUGCCAGCCAUAGGUAGCUUGGGUUCUUCUACAAGAAGCAGGCAGAGAUUUAACCUUAAUCAGUACCUUCCCCAUCACUAUCCUGCAGACAUGUCAGAACCUCAGACCACAACCAGUGGUGUCAACGGCAGUUACAGAGAACCUUAUGCUCCUUACACAUUAGGGUACAAUAGAGACUUUGAAGCACCCACUGUAGACAACAUGUCCAUGUCUGUGUAUGCUUCCACGGCUUCAUGCUCUGAUGUGUCAGCAUGCUGUGAAAUGGAGUCUGAAGUCAUGAUGAGUGACUAUGAGAGUGGAGAUGAUGGUCAUUUUGAAGAUGUGAAAAUUCCUCCACUUGAUUCCCAGCAACAUACAGAAGUCUGACACACUCAACAAAAGUGCCUGGACUCUAACAAACUUUAUCAACAACUUUCAAGAGCUUUUUAAUUUUUUUCUUUUUCCCAGACACAGUGAAUGCUUUUGUUUCGGUGAGCUAAACUGGCAUGGCAGCAUUGGAUCAUGCAGUUCCUUUUACUAAAUCAG